GUCAAGACAUCAAUCCUCAAGACUAUCCUCAAGAAUGGCCUCUCGCCCCACCGUCAACGUUCGCUCCGCGUCGGGAGAGGCCUCGACCUCGCUCCCCCUCCCCGCGGUUCUCACCGCCCCCAUUCGUCUCGAUGUCGUGCAGCAGGUUCACAAGAGCAUCGCGAAGAACAAGAGGCAGGCGUACGCUGUGAGUGAGAAGGCCGGCCACCAGACCUCAGCCGAGUCCUGGGGUACUGGUCGUGCUGUUGCUCGUAUCCCUCGUGUCGGUGGUGGAGGUACCCACCGUUCCGGCCAGGCUGCGUUCGGUAACAUGUGCCGCGGCGGUCGCAUGUUCGCGCCCACCAAGACUUGGCGCAAAUGGCACGUCAAGGUCAACCAGAACCAGCGCCGCUUCGCCGUUGUCUCUGCCCUCGCCGCGUCUGCCCUUCCUUCGCUCGUUCUCGCACGCGGUCACCGCAUCGAGCAGAUUGAGGAGGUUCCCCUCGUUGUCUCUAGCCAGGCUGAGAGCUUCAAGAAGACCAAGGAGGCUGUUGCCCUCCUCAAGUCCCUCAAGGCGUACGCCGACGUUGUCAAGGUUUCCAACUCGCGUAAGCUCCGCGCCGGCAAGGGCAAGCUCCGCAACCGCCGUCACCGCCAGCGCCGUGGUCCCCUCGUCGUCUACAACGAGGACAACGGCAUUGUCAAGGCGUUCCGUAACCUCCCCGGUGUCGAGCUCGUCAACGUCCGUCGUCUCAACCUCCUUCAGCUCGCGCCCGGUGGUCAUCUUGGCCGUUUCGUCAUCUGGACCGAGGGCGCGUUCGGCCUCCUCGACGAGGUCUUUGGCACUUUCGACAAGGCGUCGACGUUCAAGAAGGAUUACAUCCUUCCCACAGCGAAGAUCACGAACCCCGAUGUCACUCGUCUCAUCAACAGUGACGAGAUCCAGUCUGUCGUUCGCCCCGCGAACGCGAAGCACCAAAAGCGCCCCUGGACGCAGCACAAGAACCCCCUCGUCAACAAGGGCGUUCUCUUCCGUCUGAACCCUUACGCGAAGACCAUCCGUCGCCAGGAGCUCCUCAAGCAGGAGCGCGUCAAGGCCCAGAAGGACAAGAAGAAGGCCAAGACUCCCAAGGCGGCUGGCGAGACCUUCCUCAGCACCCUCUUCGCCCCCUAAGCGGUUCCUGUUCCGGAGAUGAGUUGUAUAAGCGGCUAUGCUAUCUGAUUGUCACGUUCGUCGUCAUGUCUCAUCAACUCUGAUAUGUUGUAUGUCGUCCAUGCUGGAAACCACAUCGCAUCGGCCUGCGUGACCUGUUGUUGCAGCGUUGAGUGACUCGAAGACAUCACACAGCGUUAGUGUUGCGCUGGGCGGAAAAUGUAGAUCGUCAAAUGCAUUCUCUGAAGUACACAUCCUGCCUAUAGACCAUUGACAU